CAUCACAUGAUUUUUAUUUCGGUGCAAGCUUAAAAGGUCUCUCCACUUUGAUGACGACUUGAAAGCAUCUACCAAAAACACGAAUGCUCCAGAAUUUCCACGAUGGUGGAUAGUAUUUCAAAACCGAGACUGUACUUCAUCACAGUGUGCUUCGUUGUCAUGACGACCUGUGUCUAUCUGAAUAGUGUAACUAUCGGUACGAAGCUAUACAGCCACGGCAGAAUGAUGCCGAAUGCAAGUUCAUGGCACCCUCAUCGUCCACCUGACCCAAACGUCAACUGGACAUGCAGUCCAAAACAGCGGAUUGUAUUCUGCAAGACACACAAGACCGGUUCGACAACCACUGCAGCUCUUCUGGAAAGGUUCGGUUACCACCGAAACCUGAGUUUCGCUAUGGGUAGAAACAGUCAUAUUAUCUCCCACACUAAACUAUUUCAUCAUUCUAUGGCUUUCAAAAUUCCUAAUAGAACACGCCAAGACUUUGAUUUCCUGGUAAACCACAUUCGCUUCAAUAGAAAAGAGAUGGAUAUUUCGGUGCCGAACGCUAAGUAUAUUUCGCUAAUUCGAAACCCGAUAACCCAACUCGAAUCAGAAUUCGGAUACUUCGAAAUGGCAGAUAAGCUCAAGAUCAAAACCAAAAAUCCGUUCAUGACCUUUAUGUCGAAUCCGCAGAAAUAUUAUCACAUGAAUUCAAAUAUGUGGUGGCGACGGAGAAACGGACAGUUGUACGAUUUGGGACUCGAUCAUAAAUACGAUGAGAAUUUGACAGUCAUCAAGGACAAAAUUCAACAAUUAUCCACCGAAAUAGAUCUCAUGAUGAUGAACGAAUAUUACGAUGAAUCAAUGAUUCUUCUGAAAAAGAUGAUGUGUUGGGAUUUUGAGGACGUUCUUUACAUUAAGAUGGGAGUUCGUAGCGACUCGCACCGUUAUCCCCUAACUGAAGGCGCAGUGGAGAAAAUCAAGGUAUGGAACGCGGGCGACGUGAUGCUCUACGAUUAUUUCAAUCGCACUUUUUGGCAGAAAGUUCGCGCUUACGGCUCGACAUUCUCCCGUGAUCUCGCCCAUCUGCGGACCAUGCUACGUAAUGCGUCUGAUCAAUGUAUACACUCUGAUAAGAAAAACCUUAAAGAUAAACGGGUCGAACAAUUCGUCCUUAAACCUAACGCAUCGAAAUAUUGUACAGAUUUGAAACGCGGCGACGUCCAAUACACAAAGCUGAUAAGGAACGAGAUGAUCGAACGGGGUCGGCUUGAGUUUGAGAACAAAAAUCGUUCCCUCGGAUAGGUAAGUAAACUAUUGAAUAUUGUAACAUUUACUUUCUCUUGAGUGGUAUCUAUGAAUAGAAAUGUGACAUGAGGAGAAUGUAUUACCGCAAACUUAUGAAUUUAUACACACCAACAUGCAUCACCAAACAUUUAGAGAUCUUCUUAGGAUGGUAUUGUGUAGGGCAAUGACCAGCGUGAGUAAAGCACAGUUGGAUUGAAUGAUCACGCUUGUGAGGCUCUUUCGCACCGUCCAAUGCAGCGAAAUAUCAAGCGGUCAAGUAUUGCACAUAACCGAUUCAAGAAAUCCUUUGCAUUCGAUGCCAUUGGUAAACUUUGUAUUUGAGAGGGGAAGUCGGUGAAAGUGAUAAAUACAAAGAAUGAUGUAUGUGUGAACGAUUGGCCGCAGUUUAUCUGAUUUGAUGAAGCCGAUUUUACAAUGAAAUGGAAACAAUACCUGUCAUGUUUGUACACCAUUAAUUUCUCAUGGUUACGAAUGAACCUCACAGAGACAGAGAAGCGUGAUCUUUCAAUACUGUGCUUUGCUCAAGCUCUUAACGAGCAUGUUAUCUCAACCAACACGGAUUUUGUAUAGAUGUAAUAAUUUAUAAACUUAUGAUGGUUUUAGUAAAGUUGGUAAAGAAUAAGAAGUGAUACGAAUGAAUUGAAUUAUGCAUAAAGCCUCGGCUAGAUCUGACGCGGUAAACCGCAGCGGGUUUUAUUUUCUGAUGACGUCAGUAUCAUACGCUUCAUAUUCUGUAUCUUCUAACACAGAGAACUUGAAGAACUUUGAUUUAAAGAGAAGGUUCAUUGAUUUUAAAAACUAACUAUAAUGUCAUUAAUGCAAAGGUAAAACUUUGAUUAGACAAGGUUAUCACAAUUCCAUGUUUGGAAACAUUCGAAGUAAUGAUUAUUAUCAAUUACAAAAAGCUUCAAUACA